CCCAGGAAGUUUAAAUUUUUCUAUUGACAAACUCGUCACGGAUGGAUGCACCCAUGUAAACAGUUCGUCCCGUGGUGCCGUAAUGUUUACGAAAUACACACAAUGCCACAACGUUUGAAAGAGAGAAAGGGGUGAAAUACACAACGAUAAAUUCGGAAAUCCCCUCGCAGUGGAAUUUUAAACAUGGCCCGGUCGUUCCAUGUCCUCACAGUUCUGACCUUUCAGUGUGUUCUUGGAUAUGGUGCUGGUUGUAAAGAGACUGAUGUAAACUGCACAGAUUCUACUGCAAACACAACUACAACGACACAGGUGGCUGCAAGGGCGACGGCGACGACACAGGUGGCUGAUGAUGAAAAGGGGAGUUUUUACUCAAUUUGGUCUAACUACCAAGUGGCCUUUGGUUUUGCCGGUUUCUUGCUUCUCCUGUUUAUCUUGUGUGUCGUUGUUGCCGUCAGGCGGAAGUCGAACAUGAAACACCGAGCACGACAACGCGAACGCCACUGUGGAUUAAUGACAGCGGCCAUUUAUGAUAUAAUGUCACAAAGUCAACUGACGGGUGCAACAGAUGCUACCGGAAGCGGAAGCUCCGCCAUUGUUGUCGAACCGAUAAAACCGCCCAGCUAUGAGGAAAUUAACAGGGAGGCCGCUGUGCCCCAGGAUCCGCCGCCGAGCUACAGGGAAAGCAUCACGGAGAGUUUCCGGGAAUCUAUGAAAGACUAUCCCGAACACUACUGCCAAAGUGUCAUCCGUAAAUACUAACUAAAGUAUACAUGUACUUAGUUCGUAACAGAAAGAAAGUACUUGAGUACUUCAUCAUACUUCAAACUUUUUUUCAAUGAUUUGACGGCCGCUUUUAGUUAAUUGUUUUGUGUUCUCUGUGACUUGAUGAUAAAACUAUUUCGAGAAGAGAACAAUAUGGUAAAUGACAUUUUAUACUUGAGUACUUCAUCAUACUUCAAACUUUUUUUCAAUGAUUUGUCGGCCGCUUUUAGUCAAUUGUUUUGGUGUUCUCUGUGACUUGAUGGUAAAACUAUUUCGAGAAGAGAACGAUAUGGUAAAUGAUAUUUUCGUUUCACGUUUUUUUUUACUGUUUUGGUGGCAAAUUGUAUGUUGUCAUCUAUAAUUAAUAUUGUUCAUGUUAUUAUUAUUAUAUUUCUACGUAUAUGUGUUGAUUUCUUUUAAACAUAUGAAUCUUUGUGUUACAUAAUUAUAUAGAUAUUUUGUGCAUGACACUUAUAAUACCGGUAUAUACAUAUCUGUAUCCUUUACGUUAAAGGUUAAACCGUGCAAUCAUCACUGAACAUCUGUCUGAUCUACAGAAAUAUUUUGAAAGGUUUAACAUGAUUUAUAAAAAAAAAAAACACUGAUGAUGUUUUUAUGUGAAGCAGAGAUUAUGUGUUUCAAUUUACAUGAAUGACACAUUUAAAUUAUAGGUGAUUCGUAUAAAACAUUGAUAAUGCAUGUAUGUGACUAGCUUUGGUGAUACUUGUAUUAGAGUACAAGAUAACAUCAGUGAUGCGUAUUUUAUGAAUCACGUGAAAAAGCAUUGGUAAUUAUUGUAAAAUGUGAAUUUACAUGUAAACAUUUAUCAUGAAUGUUUACGACCUGGUGUUCACGUUUGAGAAAAAAAAUGGUUCAGAAUAAGACAAUUUUUUCUGUUCAUAUUGUAUAUAUGUUUAUUGUAUAUAUAUAUCGUAAUGUAUGUUUUUAUGCGCAUUUCAAUUUCUCUCAUGUAUAUGUAAAAUAUUUAUUCAGGAAUGGUAACUUUUGUAAUGAAAACUACCCCCCCUCCAAUUAAUUUAAUCUUCCUUGUUUGUUGUUAUUCUAUGUCAUUUCAUCUGAAUAAUAAUUCCAGUAUAUUAGCUUGUUAUAUAUAUACUCAUGUCUCCUCUCCAUUUUUAUUAAUAUUGGUUUUUUUGUAUGCGUUUUGUAAAGAAUAUACCGGUAUCCAAAAAAUAUAUAGUACUUAUUUGUAAAGAACAUAAUAUACCGGUAUUCAAAAACUGUAUGUACAUAUGUACAUGUACAGAUGAAUACCCUUUAAAAAAAAUUUAAAUCA